AUGACCCCAAAGGAUCAAAAUCUGAACCUCAGUGAUCCUGCUGUUCAGGACGCCAUCUUACAAGAGAUAAGGAUCAAGCUGAAGGAGCAGGGGUUACCUGCAGACAUCAAAGUGACAUGGAAAAAGCAGCCUGAUGGGAAGGUCUUCCACAAGGAGAAUAAGGGGUCUCCCAAGAAAGAAGAGGAGGAGAAGAAGAUGAAGAGGAUGAUGACAAAGAGAGAACUCCAGUUAUGGUUCUACACACCUUCCUCGUGCCUUCAUCAGUAUCAUCUCAUUACCAAAUAUAUGAACUGGACUGAUGCCCAGAGAUACUGCAGAGAGAAUUACACUGAUCUGGCUACAGUAGAUGACAUGGAGGACCUGAACAGGCUGAUCACCAAUGUCAGUGUUUAUGAUUAUUUCUGGAUCGGACUGAAGAAGGGAGACUCCAUGAAGUGGCACUGGUCUCUGGCAGACAGACGUUUCUACAGAGAGGGGGAGACUGAGUUCAGAAACUGGGACACUGGGAAAUCCCAAAAUGGUAACUGUGCUUUAAUGAGUACAGCUGGUCUGUGGAACAACACCUCCUGUGAUGACCAGCAUCACUUCAUCUGUUAUGAUGGUGAGUGUUUACAUACUAAUGAUGAAGCCUGUUCUAAGUGCUGGAGAAAACAAGACACCAACCUAACAUACGUCUUAAUUCAGGAGAACAAGACCUGGACAGAUGCUCAGAGUUACUGCAGACAGCAUCACACAGACCUGGUCAGUGUGAGGAACCAGACUGAGAACACAGAGAUAGAGAAGAAGAUAUCAGUGAGGGGACUUCCUGUGUGGAUCGGUCUGUUUCAAGACUCCUGGAGAUGGUCAGACCAAAGUGACUCCUCAUUCAGAAACUGGACAUUAGAAUAUCCUGAUGCUUCAGGACAGAACUGCCCAGCUGUGGAGACCCCUGAGAAACCCUAA